GACUCAGGAUAGGCGAGUCACAAAAUAACGAGUUACAUAUCUAACUCGAAGUAUAAAAAUCACACCCAAAAACCCUCAGAGAAACUUUAGCUGCCGCUUUCUCCUACAAUACUUACAACCCGUGUAUCUAUCCACACAUCUAUCAGAUUGCCCACAUACAUGAAAUCUACACCGUCCGAUCUCUCUAUCGAAAUCUAGAUUACCGAGAAACCCUAAUUUGUUAAUCGAUCGACGAUAUCGACGAUGGGAGACUAUAACGAUGCGUUUCUGCGAAACAACGCCGCCGGCGGGCCGGCGAACGUGCAGAGCCGCGUCAAGGCUCAGGCUAGGACUAAUGUUUUGCAACUCAAGCUGAUUGGACAAAGUCACCCAACUGGUUUAACAAACAACCUGCUAAAGCUUUUUGAGCCCCGGCCUCCAUUGGAGUUCAAACCACCUCCUGAGAAGAAUAAAUGUCCACCAUAUACAGGGAUGGCUCAAUAUGUACCCAACUUUGCUGAACCAAGUGAUGCUGAGUAUGCUCCUCCAGUUCAAAAGGGCGAAACUCCUACAGAAAAAAGGGCUAGGGUCCACCUGUUACGACUGGAAGAAGGGGCAAAACGGGCUGCAGAGGAACUUGAGAAAUAUGACCCAAGUAAUGACCCGAAUAUCUCUGGAGAUCCAUACAAGACACUCUUUGUAGCUAGGCUUAAUUACGAGACAACUGAGAGCAGAAUUAAAAGGGAGUUUGAGGCUUAUGGUCCUAUCAAGCGGGUUCGCUUGGUUGCAGACAAGGAGAAAAACAAACCCAGAGGCUAUGCUUUCAUUGAAUAUAUGCAUACUCGGGACAUGAAAGCUGCAUAUAAACAAGCUGACGGGAGGAAGCUUGACAACAGAAGGGUUUUGGUAGAUGUUGAGCGUGGUAGAACUGUUCCAAACUGGAGACCACGUAGACUUGGAGGUGGGCUUGGUACAACCAGGGUUGGAGGUGAAGAAGUCAAUCAGAGGCAUUCUGGGAGAGAGCAGAAUCAAUCAGGUGGAUCACGGCGGUCUGAGGAGCCAAAAGUAAGAGAAGACCGGGAAAGGGACAGGGAAAAGUCACGUGAAAGAGGUAAGGACAGAGAAAGGGAACGUGAGAAAUCUCGUGAGCACUCUCAUGAGAGGCCAAGGGAUCGUGAUCAUAGAGAAGAUAGACACCAUAGGGAUCGUGAGAGGACCAGAGACAGGGAGAGGGAGAGGGAGAGAGACAAGGGUCGUGAUCGAACACGAGAUCGUGAUCGUAAAGAGCGCAGUGGUCGUGACCGCCAUCGCGAUGAGGAAAAGAUCAGAGGUAGGGAUCUUGAGGUGGAUGACAUUGGUCGUGAUCGUGGUCGAUCCCGUGAUAAAGACUAUGACUAUGAUCGUGUUGAUUCAAAACAUGAGCGUGACCGCCAUGGUGACAGAGAGAAGAGUUAUGGUCAUCCAGAGCCUGAGGAUGAUCCUGGAUGGUACAAACAACCUGAACAGGAGCAUAGACGUUCUGAAGCCGAGAAUGAAAUGGCAUAUGAUUACUAUGAUGAUCGCAAUGGACUUGGUAAGUAUGGAAAUCCCAGUAAUGAGGAUAUUCAUGAUCGAUACCAGCAUUCGGACCGUGAUCAUGAUAGAUAUGAUCAAAUGGAUGAAGACCGUGAAUAUCAUCGAUUGGACAGGUCACUUUCUCGAGAGUACAAGUAAAAGCUAUCUAUGUGGUUUUCUUUUCUGGUGUCAAAAGGACUAGUGUGUUAUCUUAUUUGCAUUUUGGUUAAAGUCGAUGCAGAACUGUUCAUCCAAGAAACUCGAUUCUUGCUGGUUAGGACAAGCUCGUUUUGUGGUAGACUGUUUAUCAAGUUGUUUCCCUGCAAUUACAUUUAUGCCUAUUUCUUGUGAUCUGAAAACUGCGUUUAAAGAUUGAUUUGGUUUAUUAUAUAUUGUGACUGGCUUUGAAUA